UACUUCAACAUAUUAUAUACUUCAUGCAUAUGUAUCAAAUAAAAUAAAUUAAUUAAUCUAACCGAAACAAUCCAACAUAUAUUCGGCUAAUAGGCUUUCCGCAUAAAGCUGGGGGAAAAGGAAGAGAAAAGAAAAGACGCACGCACACCGUAGACUCUUCUUCUUCGUCUCUGAAACUAAUCUGAUUCAUCCAUGGCUAAUGCAGCGUCAGGCAUGGCAGUCCACGAUGACUGCAAGCUCAAGUUUCUUGAACUCAAGGCGAAGAGGACAUACCGUUUCAUCGUUUACAAGAUCGAGGAGCAGCAGAAGCAAGUGGUUGUUGAGAAACUCGGCGAGCCUGGUCAAUCCCAUGAUGACUUUGCUGCAAGUCUUCCUGCUGAUGAGUGCCGCUACGCCAUCUUCGAUUUUGAUUUCGUCACUGCUGAGAAUUGCCAGAAGAGCAAGAUUUUCUUCAUCGCAUGGUCUCCGGACACAGCAAGAGUGAGAAGCAAGAUGAUCUAUGCGAGCUCUAAGGACAGGUUCAAGAGAGAGCUAGACGGGAUUCAAGUAGAGCUUCAAGCAACUGAUCCAACUGAGAUGGAUCUCGACAUUUUCAAAAGCCGAGCCAAUUGAGGAACGGUUGUAUCAAACUUUGUCGCUUCUGUUACCAGAUUGAUAUGCUUUAUCCUAAAGUUUGCUGUGACGGCACCAACCAAAACAGCUUCAUUUGAUCGGUCUUUCUCUUCAGUGUCUUUUUUUUGGGUUCUUACAGUGUCUUGCUUAAAACUUAAAGAUAUUUGCCCUGUGCUCUUUUAUAAUCGUGUAAGAAACCCAAACCGUUUAUCAACAGAUGAUCCUAUUGGAGCAUUGUCUCUCAUCUACAUGAGAUGCCUAGUGAUCCCGGGAUUUAAACAAAUGAUAUAUGAUAA